AUGUGUUAUUCUGUGGGCUUUGCCCGGUCCUUGGGCCUGGCUCUGCUGCCUCUGGCACUCUGCUGUAUCACUGCCAACCUGCUGCUGCUGUUUCCAAUGGGAGAAAUCACCUACAUCCAGCAGGGCCGCCUGGCGAGCUACAUCUUGUAUUUUGGUGGACUUGGAGGUGGAGGACUGCUGAUGCUGGUUCCAGCUGUUGCUUUCAUCACGCUGGGGAAAUGCAGCUGCUGCUGGAAUGAGAGCUUGAUGAUGUGUGGGUCAGUGCUGGCAGCUAUCGUUGGCCUCAUGGGGUCUGGUUACUGCUUUGUUAUUUCAGGGCUUACCUUGAUGCAAGGUCCCCACUGCUUCACCUCGUUAGGGUGGUCAUAUCCCUUUGCAGACCAGAAUGGCAGGUAA